UCCUGCACUUCCUGUUUUGUUUUUCUUUCGCUCGGUGCUCGGGUCGGACAGAUAUGGAAGAAUUUGCGAGGCGAGGAGAAAACCACAGCUUGCCCGUGAAGAAACACGCUCUCUUCAAGUACCGGUGGACCUUAUAAACCACACGGUAGCAGCGGGCAGCAGUAACACCCGCCGCGGGGCUUGAGACACCCUCACCUCGUCACUAGUGUCCGCGACAUGGCACUCAGCUCCGGCGGCUGGGCUCCUCCAGCCCCGGCCCCUGCCUCUUCCCAGCAGGCUGCAUGCGGCGGGCCUGCGCCGACGGCUUGCUGCAGUACUGUUUUGAUGUCAGUCCGGGUUUCCGUGUGCCAUUCCGGGAUCCGGCCCCUGUGUCUCCCCGGAGCAGGCAGCGAGACCCUGCGCUUACAGCUCAGCAUGGACCCGAGCCGGGCCGGAGAGUUCAGACUGGCGCUGAGAGACACGAGCGGAAACCGCAGUGUGUUUAUUGCAGAGUUUGACCUGCGCUCUGUGCAAUAUGAGGUCAAGUCUCCUCGCUGCCAUGAGAUGCGUCUCGCUGCUCCGCCCCACGACUGCAUCCGCUUCAAUUUCCGCUGCGACCGAGAGGCCGAGGAGUGGGCCACGGUGGUGAUGUCGUCACUGAGAGAGGCACAUAGAGUUGCAAAUAUUAACACGUACGAAUCAGAUGGCAGACAGAACCAAACGGCAGCGACUAUGGAGCAGUGGAGCUCAGCCUCGCUGCCGCUCACCGAAGAGCUGUGCUUGGAGCUCGCCAGGGCGAUUGAAGCAGGCGACACUCAGGCCGCUUCCCAGCACGCAUCCGCCCUGGCUCGGCAGAAAGCAGUGCUGACCAUUCAGCUGUCUGAGAAGAACUACGCAGACGGAGAGAUUAGUUUAUCUGUGGUAGUGGAGGACGUUUCGUCGUCCUGCUGCGUCACGGUGAAAGUGUUUCCCUACAUGACUGUGGCUGCGCUCAAGCAACAGGUGUUUCUUGAGUACGGUUUCCAUCCUCGCGUACAGCGCUGGGUGAUCGGUCAGUGCUUGUGCACCGAGCCGAGGUCAUUAGCAUCCUACGGUGUGCAGAAGGACGGCGAUACAGCGUACCUCUACCUGAUCUCUGCCCGACAGGCCCGCAUUACCCGCCAGCUGUUCCAGCAGGACCUGGAGAGCGCCCUCCUCGCCCCACCCCUCCCCCCAGGCAACGGACCCACCUCCCAAGAUUGGAGGGGUUACAGCACCCUGCCCUCAAGGCUACCCCACAACAACCAGGGGAGCACAGGAGGAGGAAGUGAUAGACCCAGUGAUAUCAAAGAUGUCCUCGACAUAGAGAAUCUGCAACUGAAUGAUCACACCAACAAAGCCAGUAAAACACAGCAGACAGAGUGGGCUUGUCCCUCAUGCACUUUCAUCAACAAGCCUUCUCGCCCGGGCUGCGAAAUCUGCGCUACAGCCAGACCCGACACACACAUCCAACAGGAGAAAGGAAGGCGAGAAGACCGGGGGGAGUCUGCUUUAAGCAGCAGCUGACUGCCCAUCAUCACAGUCGGGUUGCAAUUUCUCACUCACUUACACACAAACGCAUACAUACACACACACACACACACACACACACAGUGAGGAUGCUACAUCUGCCACAUACAUGUUGACAAAAUACUCACACCAAGACUUGUCAAGGGCGCUGAGAGUCCUCUGACGGAAGCACUGUAGCAUGACACAGGCUCAGACAAUGAGUGUCAGCGUCAGCUUUGACCGUUUAUACAGACACGACGUGACCAUGACAUACAUCUGAAAUUGGCCAGACCUCUUUCUUAUUUAUUUUACAGGGUUUGUGUGUGUGUGUGUGUGGGGGGGGGGGGGGGGGCGCAAACAACACAGAUGGCCUAAUAUUUAUUUUAUGGGAGAAAGUAGUGUUGUAAGUUCUUUGAAUUUGAUUGCAGCCGAAAUUGAGGGAAUGUCGUACUUUGUUUCUGCCAACUGUGAAAUGAAAGGAAAGGUGAAGCCUUGCGCAAUACCCUGUUCUGUUCAAGUGUGUCAUCUGUUGGUGCCAAAAAAAAAAAAAGCCAUGCAAAAUGGACAGAAAAGGAAUGCCGCAUUUACAGGGUUGUCAAGUGCUUUUAUUUUUUU